AAUGUGUUGUUCGAUUGAGAGAGCUUUCUACUGCGAGAGAAAAGAGGCCACAUAGGACGGCCGAUGUGUUGGCUAUUUGUGCACUCGAAAUGCAAUGAUGUGCAACACUUAUGGUGUGACACUGUCCACAUUUCUGCAGAUCAGUGCUCCAUUUUGGACAGGAUAGCACUUAUUUUCUAACGAUAUCGACCUACCUCUUUAACUUGAAAAUAACCGUGAAGUCAGCAAUGACUCAACGCUAGAGAUGUAUGCAGUCAUCUCUUCGAUUGCACACUGCUGGGCGCGUGGACCUGGGGACUUUUGCUGCACCAGUGGUGAGGGUAUAGCAAAAACAUGACAAGCACAGGCGUCUCCCACGAAUGAGUGAGGCAAGUGGACAUCCACACAUCUCCUUCAGCGACGGAAACCUCUCAGCUCAGCAGGAAGAGCCGUUCCAAGGGAAGAUUGGGUUUUUACCUGCAUCCACUCCAACUGUCGGUCGCGCGUGUGAUUUGGUGACCUCCGUCAAAGCGCGCACCCCCUCUCCUAGGUUGUGUGCCACGAACAUUCUAUUCCUUUUGUCUCCAGAUAAGGCCUGUUGCAGGGGGCAUUGGUGGGCUGUGUUUGUGGUUGGGGGACUGUUGUGUACCUAAUACUCCAUAGUCCCCCGCCUCCAAUUAGCCCAGUUAUUCAUGCUAGCCAUGAGUUUACCACCCCAGCAGAAACCCAACAGCAAGAGAACAGGCAAGCGCAUCUCGUUUUUCCACGAUCAAGGAGUGGCGAUGAAGGAGACGUCCUCCCAGCAGCAUCCGGACGGUUCUUACUACAGCCUCAGCGGCCCAGCCUCAGGGCCCGGCUCCGGGCAGAGUGAGGCCGCAGGCACGGUCACCUCCACAACCUCCAACCCUGAGGCUCCCCAUACUGGUAUGUACCUCAACUCCGUGAUCUUCAGCCCAGAGAAAGGAGACCAGAGUCGGGGACAUUACCAACAGACUGUACCCAUGAAGUGGCCGGACCCAGCAGCCCAGCCUCCACCUCCACAGAGGACCGGGACCGGGAACUGGACCCAGGGCGUCAGUGUGGCUAACUGGGGGCAGAACUUUGCUCCGUACCUAGGGGGCCUCAGCGACUCGAGGUCCCAGGCUCCACCUGCUUUCGUGAAGCAGCCGAUUCGGGAUGGGCCCCAACCCCUGCAGUCCCAGCCCCCCAGUAGGGCUGUGGAGAAGCAGCCGGCCCAGCAGCCACAGACUAACCCCCUCCCUGCCAGGGUAGAGGUUUACCGGGACGUCAGGGACGUGUCCAAGCCCCGCGGUCUGGAGUGGGAGCAGCAGCAACAGGCGUCUCAACAGCAACAGCAGUCCCACUCCCAGACGUUCCCUCAGACUCUUAAACCUGGCGCUCUCAACGCCCCCCCUCACAGCACAUCCAACCCCGGGGGAAGCUCCGUGCUUCAGCCCUUCCAGCUAGCCUUCGGCCAGCCAAAGCCGCACCUAGGUUACUUCCAGGUGUUUCAGGGGGCCAAUAGGACUUUACCCAAUCUGAACUACAACUCCCAGCAACCCAAGCCCCAACAGCAUUCACAGCUCCAACAGCAGGAGCAACAACAGCGUCAGCAGCAACAAAUAUUACAGCAACAGCAACAAAUACAACAACAGCAUCACCACCAGAUGCAGCAGCAGAAAAUGCUUCAGCAUCAACAGCAACUGCAGCAGCGACAAAUGCAGCAGAAGCAACAGUUACAGCAGCAACAACAAAUACAACAGCACCAAAUACAACAACAAAUACAACACCAAAUACAACAGCCGCAACAUGUUCUGGAAUAUUACCCCAGCAACCAAAACCCGCCUACACACACACACCCUCACUCGCAACCACCAGUGUUAGUGCACUCCCAGGAGACCCGGUCGGACCUCCUGGAAACGUCGCCGGUGUCUCCACAGGCGCCCCCCCCGCUCGGACCCCGAGCCCCCUGCCACAGACGCACAGCCGCAGCUCCCCCAGCUUCAGCCACGAAGGUCCAGGAGGCUCUCCAAGGAGGGCGGAACACCGCCGGGCGACAACCCGUUCCUGAUCCCGUCGGACGUGGCCAGAACGGGGCCUCUGAGGGGCCGGGCGGAGCCCCGAAGGUGGAGGAGAUCCUCGUUGCCCAGGCGGCCCCUACAGGGGUCAUCCAGAGCACGCGCAGGAAACGCAGGGUUUCCCAGGAGGUCAACCUGGAGACGCUGGCUCAGAAAGCCUCGGAGAUGGAGUCACUGCCGCCACACAUUGUGAAGGAGCAGCCUCACAGGCCUUGGAGCCCCCCAAAACAACCUCCAGGUCAAGGGCCAAUGGACAGGGAUUCAGGGGGUCACAGCGCCAAGCGGCCCCGUGAUGAAAGCAUGAUGCCCCUGGUUAUCCCUGUGUCUGUCCCCGUGCGAAGACCCGACCCCGCCUCAUCGUCGUCCUCCCCCGACCGGGAGCUCUCCACCCUGGGCACCGGCUGGCCUCAGAGAGCCUCCACCUUACAGGAUGUGAGCAGUAUGGAGCGCAAACCCUCAGUCAUUGUCACCCGCCGACGAUCGCUGAGGAACUCGCUGUCGGAAAGCACAGGACAGAACGGGGGAACCGAGGGAGAGAAAGACGACGACGGCAAGAAGUCCAAACGGCGUCCCCGACCUGAACCCCUCUUCAUCCCCCCUCCCAAACCCGGCACCUUCAUCGCCCCCCAGGGGUACUCCAGCAUCACACCCUACCAGAGCCACCUCCGCUCCCCGGUCCGGCUGAUCGAUAACCCCCUGACAAUACCCCCCUACACCCCCCCUCCCAUCCUCAGUCCCGUCAGGGAGGGGACAGGGCUCUACUUCUCCACCUUCCUCUCCUCGGCGGCUGCAUCCAGCCAGGGUCUGCCUCCACCCAUCACACCCAAAUCAGCCACACGCAGCCUGCUGAGGUCCAACAGCGUUGACAUAACUCCUCCAGUCCUCUCAGCGAUUGGUGAGGUCACUCCGGUCAGCAUAGAACCGCGUAUAAACAUCGGAGUCCGGUACCAGGCAGAGGUUCCCGAGCUGAGACAGCGCUCGCUGGCCUUAAAUGACCAUCACAAGGCCCAUCUGGUCUGGGCUCCUCUCAACCAACUGGAGGCUAAACCUGGACUUGAGGAGAGAGUGGAUGACCUCAUGCACCUUGCCUGCUCCAGUGCUCUGCAUGGAGGUGGGACCAAUCAGGAGCUUGCGCUGCAUUGCCUCUACGAGUGCAAGGGUGACGUCAUGGCAGCGCUGGCCCUCCUGCUGUUGAAGGACCCCGUCUUCUCCAAGGACCACUGUCUCGGAGACUACCAUUACUCAGGGUCAGACAGCUGGACCUCAGUAGAGAGACGUGACUUCAACAAAGGGAUCGCUGCCUAUAAGAAAGACUUCUUCACAGUCCAGAAACUGGUAAGCACCAAGACAGUGGCUCAGUGUGUUGAGUUCUACUACAGCUAUAAGAAGCAGGUGAAGAUCGGUCGGAACGGAGCACUUAUCUACGGAGAGGCGGAACCGCCUGACAGCAGAGGCACUGAGGAGGAGCUGGACCACAAGAGCUCUCAGAGAUUAGAAUCUCGGAAGGAAGAUGAAGACAACAGGAAGUGGGAGGGGUCAGCUCAGAGGACACAGCGAGGCUCCAGUCCAAGCAGGAUGACAUUACAGAGCUCAGAUAAUGUUGGAGCGUUCUCAGUGCAGAAGAGCCAGGAUGACUUCAGGAGAGAGCAGUCGCUGUCCCGGGUCAGUCACCCCCCUCCAAGUGCCCCCAUAAAACCACGGUCAGCCCCCAAGACAGGGGCCAUAUCAGGGACCAAGGGCCCCGCUGGCCCGGAGGGAGAGUUCCCCUGCAAGAAGUGUGGCAGGAUCUUCUACAAGGUGAAGAGCCGCAGUGCCCAUAUGAAGAGUCACGCCGAGCAGGAGAAGAAGGCAGCAGCGCUGAGGCAGAAGGAGGAGGCGGAGGAGCGGGCGGCGGCCCUGGCGGUGGCCGAGGCUGCGGCGCUACUGGCCGCUCGGCAGAAUGGGGUUAGGGAGGGCGGAGGCGGCGACAGCACAAAUGACGACUCUUCCGAUGAAGAUGACGACGAAGUGGAAGACGAGGACUGGCACUAAAGGGGAGCCCAGAACUUAAUACUAUUAGAGCCAGUACUGCCUUGCAGCUGUCUCUGGCUAAAACAGACAGUCAGGCAUGGCUCCCUCUCCUGGCAGGGCAGAGAACCGACAUCUGAGGCCUUUAGAACCCUCAAGCCCUGCAGUGUUCAACCAUGGCUCCUAGCGGUCAAGGAAUAUUUUAGACCAUUUUGUUACGCCUGCUACAGCUGCAUUUCUCUCUGGAAACAAACAUUCUUUGUAAAUGACAUCGGACCGUCUCAACACUAUCAGGGACAGGUUCUCCUAUACGGACUCCCGGUUCCCUUUAACUUGCUUGUGAAGCGUUCAGCUGUUACCUCUUUCUCAGACACUUUCGCACAGGGCUAUGCAGUAGGGUUUUAAAGCCAUGCCAUCACUCUCUCCAACGCCAAUAGUUUUCGGCCUCCAGUUUGUCAUCUGCGCCUGGCUUGUUCCUUUUCCAGAUCCUCUUCCAGACAGCACUUUCGGCCGAACACACAACACCACACUGACUCCUCAUGUCUGGCAACGCAAGACUACAUGAACCACAAUGCAACUUAGCUUGGCCAACGCUCUGCGCUUUCACUGCUCUCUGCUGUUUGAUAAUAUGAAUAGAUCAAAUGAGCGAGUUGGGACAAUGCAGUAUGACCGUGGACAGGACUUCCAGGUGAGGACACUCCCUGUGUACAGACCUGCCUUGGUGUGAAGGACCGGGUGUUAUAUGUGCGUGUUUCAUAUUCUUUCUGUUUUAUUUAAACUUGUUCACUUAAGGCUGCCAAAUGCUUUGGUCAUCAGUUCACCAAAGUGUUUUUGUUUGUUCCUCUUUCGCCUGACGCGACAGGUUUUCUUAUGGGUUUUGGGUUUUGAAUUCCUACCUGGUCACUUUUAUUAUUUUUUGUGUCAUUUGGUAUCCCUCACGGUCAAUGCCUUGGAUGUUUUUAAAGCUUUUUAUCUUUGAAUGAAUGACAAUCAGUUUUACAAUGGUUAGUUUUUUAUAUUCAACUAAUUACUGUUGCUUUUGCGAAUUAUAUAUAAUUGUUUUUGUUAAUGUUAUUGAUUGUCAGUGUACUGUUGUCUAUUAUUGUUAUUGUUAUUAUUGUUAUUGCUGUUAUUUUUGCAGCAGGUUGCUUUGGAGCUGUCUUUUCUCAGUUGACCUAGUAUAUGGAUAUUUAUGACAUUGCUUUCGCUCUUUGUUUUGAACUGUGACUGCUUUAGAAGUAUGUAAAUGCAGAGAAGAGGAUACAGAUAUGUACAUGUGCAAUAGAACAACAACGUGGUUCCCUUCCUUUAACCCAGAAUGCCCCUCUGUGUACCUAGAAUGCCCCUGUGUGUCCUAUCUCUGUAUGGGUAGUUAAGCCCGUGUUAGCUAUACCAUUGCUUCAGCAGAAGAUAUGACUGUUAAAUGAUAUUGACUUAAAUGGGAAAGUCUGCGCUGUGUAGGCCAUUUCUUUGGAAACAACUCUUAUUGUGUGGGCUGUUAAAGGACCUUAUUAUGGUCUAUGUGUCUUUUUCUGCCCCCCCCCCCCGUCUCUCCAACUUUCUCUUAUCAUAUUUCUAUAAUUGUUUCCUCUGCUAAGCAACAAAGCAGGCUCUGUUGUCAUGGCAACAAUCGAGCAGGCUUAAGAUUUGUCUCUUUAAGGAGCACCAGUCACAGUGGGGUGUCGAAAGAAUAUUUUCCAAUUAUCCGUACCUGAAUACAGCUUGUGCGGGUGCAUGUGAGUCUGAGUGCUUUUCGGCAAGUGUGCUUUUUGUAGUAAAAUACCCUGAAAUUCAGCCAUUUGAGGACUAGUUUGUUAUCCUAAUUUUCACACUUUUUUAUUUAAAUCUUCUUUACAUAAAAAAAUAAAACGUACCAGAAGAUUGUCUUGGGGCAUUGAUUUUAAUACUGUAAAAGAGAAGUAAGGAUGAAAUUGAGGGCAUGCCACAAUCGCCAAGAAGCUGUAAACCGUACCCACUUUCAUUGAGGGAUUAGAAAAAUGUAAAGGUUUAUUUAGCUAAAGAAAAUUUCUAUAUAUAUAUAUAUAUAUGAAUUAAAUUCUAUGAAUGCAUACUUUCUGUGCUAUUUUCCUAUGGGGGUUCAUUUCACACUAAUUAUGUAGAAUGGAACAGAAUCUCAAGUGCUUUUUACUACAGUCUAACUUAUUUCUUUGAAUUUCAUUUUUACUACCUGUGUUCUUUUGUAAUAAAAUAUAGGAAAAGCACUGUUUAUUAAAAUUUUACAAUACUCAUGAAA